AUGACCAGGCAAGGAGUGAAAGUGCCAUUGUUCUUCCUCGCCUUUUUUAUCCUUGUCUCGAGCUCGAGCUCUGUCUCUUCUCCUGCGAGUUGGAACACAAUCACCGUGAAUGGCGUCGAGAGCUUUGUUCCAAGUGUGUUGUCCACGGGGAGCUCAAAGAUAGAAGUGUACGGCACGGGCUUCAUACCGGUGGCAGGUGACUACGAGUGCGUGUUCCGGACAGACUUGACAAUCUGUUCCUCACUUCCACUGCCUCCGAGCACUCGCUGCGGUGAAGCUGAAGUCAGGAGGCAGCCAGCGAAAGUCGAAUCAAGCACACUGCUCUCCUGCGACUCACCUCACCAUUGGGACCUGUCGUCAAUGCUCGUGAGGUUCUCAGUGGAAAAGGCACGCACAGCCCUUCGUCCUCAGUUCUUCGCCUUGCUGUACAUGGAAGCAGGGAUGUCGUCUGCUUCCCCGACCUACGUCGGAGUCUCAGGGCAGUACGAUGGUGUCCCUGAGGUCAUGAAGGUGCGAGGACGAGGUUUUGACGCGUACAACGACUUCGCUCAGCGAUGUUCCCUGUGCGAUGGGCGACUCGGGCCAGUCAAGUACAGCUGCCUCUUCUCUGAAGUGAACGAGAACAUCUCCAACCCCUUUCACGCGCUGACCCCUGCUCAAGUCGUCAGCACCGAGGAGCUUACCUGUCCUCUGCCUCCCCUCGUCGGAGAGCAGAGGAGGAUAAAGCUGUCCGUCCUUGCUGGCGCCAGCGCUCUGCCAGGAAGCUCAGAGCUCGUGUACUACCAGCAGGUGGAGGGGAUCAGCUCUCAGACAGCUCCGUCCGAUGGGUCAGGCACGAUCGUGGUCACGGGCUUCGGCUUCAGCUCCUCGCUGUCCUACGCGUGCUGCUUCGGAUCAGAGGCGGCCUGCUCUGACGCUACCGUGACCUCCUGGCGGAACCUGACCUGCCCUGCUCCGGUGUGGGACCAACCGCAGCAGACUGUAAACUUCUUUGUGUUGGUGAAGGAGCGGAACGAGACGGUGAAUUUGACCUCCUCGCGCUUCCUCUCCGUCUCCUUCCAGCCUGUCAUCUACCGUCUCUCCCCGACACAAGGAUACGCCAGUGGAGGGCUGCAGCUCACAGUGACGGGUUUUGGAUUCUUUGCAGAGCAGAGCUUUAUGGUUGAGUUUCGAUCGAACGUGUCCUUCUACUACAACGAAAGUCUGCUGGCAACGCAGGAUGUGAAUGGCUCACAAUUCAAUUUCUUGUUCACAUCCGUGCUGGAUAGCUUCGAUCAGGCUGUUGGGCCCACCAUUGGGGGCUCGUACCUGACCGUCCUGGGUUACGGUCUGCCGUUGAGCAAGAGCUGCGAAGUGAUCUUCAGAGGCGUUGAGGGUCAGGUAGCCUACGACUUCUGCACAUGUCAGAACGGAUGCAAGGCGUACAAGUGCGUGAAGUCUCAAAUUCAGUCGUUGUCGAGGCUGGAUGUGCAGGUUCCGCCAUGGCCUGGGGUAGGAAAAGCCAACGUGACUGUCUCCUGCGGGAAAUUUGAGGUUGCAGACACUUGUUUCGUCUUGAAUCGACAGACGGUAAAUAUUGCUUCAGAGGCGGAUAUCAGGUUGAGCCUGUCGACUUCACAAGUCUUGAACAUCAGUGCAACGUUCGUUAACGAGAGUCAAGUCUCCUUCAUCAUGCCGGCGGCUCUCGUGGACGGGUUCCACCCGCUUCACUUGAUGGAGGACGAUUGGCUUGUUCCGGUUGUCAGCCGGCCCUGCCUGCAGUUCAACUUCAUAGCAGCGGCGGUGACUGGGACGGCAGCGAACUUGCAGUCAGCAAGCAGAGUCGUCAGCAUCGCGGGUGGUGAGGUCGUUGUGGAGGGCUCCGGCUUCAACGUUGAAAGGCCGAUCUACUGCUGCCUGAUCGGAAAUCAGAUCCGAAGACCAGCUCGUCUCAUCCGUCGACAUCUCCGGCUUCUUGACUUCGGCUCUCCCGACCUCGUUCAGCGCAUUCUCAAGCACACAGCAUCAGCUGCAAACCUGACGUACCCUGUCUCUGUCAGCGCUGAUUGGAUCAACAUCGACGGCAUCGGUAUGAUGUAUCAUAACGACCGUCCUUACCCCUUCCAGCUGAGGGUAGAUGAUGAGAUUCUGUCGAUCUUGACGGAAAUUUCCCUACCGGAUAUCAAAGUUUAUACUUUCUCAGUUGCGACUGGCUCAGCGACAAAAGAGGCUCGUAAGGUUGAACUCUACAUCGAUGACAAAACUUUUGUUUCUCUGAAAGGAAAAUUUUUCAAGAUUGACAGAUGUGCAACUCUUGAGAGCAACCAGCUGUACUCUUCCAUGAUGAUUGAAAUAUUCUUUGACCAUGAGUGGAACUUGACGGCGAGCGCUUACACUUUUUCCAUCAACGUCCUUCAAGUUUUGCGCGGCAGCAACUCAACUGCACGAUCUGAACACCUCCAAGACACACAAGUCUCCUUCGAGCUCUGGACUUGGUUCCCGCAGGAGACGCAGGAGACCCAGGGAUCGGCGAGGGGAGGACAAAGAUUGUUUCUACACGGGACGGGCUUCUGCGAGCAAGACAACUGUUCUACCUACAACUUCAUGUGCCGCUUUACAGAGGAAUCAACAACACAAACUAUCAUCGUUGCCGCUCUUGUCCACAACUCUUCACUCUUAUCCUGCUCCACACCAUCAUGGUCUUUCCCUAUCAUGAACGCGCGAAUAACGCUGGAAGAAACGAGAUCCUCUCCGAUCACUCAUGGUCAUAAUAGCAGAUAUUUGAGCUAUACGUUCCUUGAAGACAUUGUAAAUAUCACCAGUGCUGGUGAAACAAUCAUGGGAAACGUAUCAAUACCACAAGUUAUCGGAUACAACCACAUGCAGAUUGUUGUCAACGGAUAUGGCUUCUCAACCGGCUCCAUGUACAGAUGCCGACUGAUUGCAAAGAACAUCUCAGACCUCGAUGUUAUCAUAGAAGGUUACGACGUUGAGCAGAUCACGAGCUCGGAGAUCGUCUGUGAAUUUCCACCUCUCAGUGCCGACCUGUCAUCUCAGAUUGUACAACUCGAGAUUGACCGUCGGGCUGUUGCGGAUUUCCCGGUUGCUCGUGUGCAAACCAUCAGGUCGACUGGGGCCUCUCAACAUGUCCUCAUCGUUUUUGCUUCCCGCUCUUCUGUCGCCACAUUCUGCGACAAGAACAUCUACGUGUAUGGCGCUGGUUUUCUACUUGACCAGCAGUACACUUGUACCGUCAGAUCGACAACUUCAAAUUUCUCAUCGUCACCCGCAAACCCUCUGGGCGCUUCGAUCAUGAGCUGCCUCUUCGCCCUGCAACGUGAGAACAUCCCGCAAACUUCGCAGCUGAUGGGCUGCGCAGCUGGGGAGGCAGGUCAGGUUCUUCAGGUGGAGUUGCUGCAGGGGGACAAGACCAUCACCUCGCUGUACAACCCAACGGAGGGCAUCAAGCUAUGCUGCUGA